ACCAAUGCAUUCGCUGGAAUUCUUAUCUCCGUAUUUUCCAAUUAAGAAAACAUCAAUACACUUCCGGCCAUUUUCGCCGGAUUUUUCAUUGUUUUAUUUUUCUUAAAAUGAUUCCUCAGAAGAUUAAUCCAUAAGUAAGUUAAAGGCAGAUGGCUUAAAAAGACACAAAAAAUGUGCUUGUUAAAUCAAAAUAAAGUUAUAAAUCUAGGCCGACCUUGAUUCGGUUAUUGCAUACUUCUGCCUCCAUGCACAGUUGAUAUUUUCCAGCCCUACUCUUAUGGUAUUUAGUUUGUGACGUUUUAAGAAGUUUGACAUUGAGGUAAGAUACCCUAAACGAGGUUAAGAUUCAUAUCUAACCUAAAAUGAUGAUAUAUUUACGGAUUUUGUGAUAUUGUGGUUAAAAAAAAUGUGCCAAUAAAAGUUCUGGAACAAAUAUUUUGUGAAGUGGUACUCGUACUUCUGUUAAAAUGGGGAACAAAAGUAGCUGCUGUGCAUUUAAAAGCUCAAAGCAGAAGCGUCAUCAUACUGAAGUGUACAAACCUGCAUCACAAGACAAUGAAUUGUCCGACCAGGCUCAGCAUCAGAGCUACUCCUCACUCCCCGGAGAGGUUCCUCACAUCAGUGACAGAGAAAACCUGCCUGAAGAUAACAUGCAUGACCCUUCAAACAAUCCCUUGGAAAAGACCAUGUUUUAUAGAAGGUCGCAAGUGGAAAUUAAUAAAAAUAACAAGAACAGACGGAAGAGCCAAUAUGAUGACUAUUCUCAUCUGAAGGCUCACUUGCAGAAUGGUGGUCCAUACGGUAAGUUGAAAAAGUUCAGCUCGUGCUCCACGAUCUACAUCGAUGACUCGACGGUCAGUCAACCCAAUCUGAAGAACACGAUAAAGGCCGUUACCCUAGCUAUCUACUUCCACAUCAAGAACAGGGAGAACCUUUAUGACGUGAACUCGCCAGAUAUCUUUGACGAGAAGUUACACCCUCUGUCUCGUGAGCCAGUUGCCGAUGACUAUGAUCGCCGUGACCCGGAACACCGCAUCAUCUACCGGUUUGUGCGCAACCUGUUCAGUGCAGCGCAGCUCACCGCGGAAUGUGCAAUAGUAACACUGGUCUAUCUAGAGAGACUGCUAACCUACGGGGAGAUAGACAUUGCUCCCUGUAACUGGAAGCGUAUCGUGCUCGGUGCUAUCUUGCUGGCCUCCAAGGUCUGGGAUGACCAAGCCGUGUGGAAUGUUGACUACUGCCAGAUACUGAGAGAAACUGCGGUGGAGGAUAUGAAUGAGUUAGAGCGCGCCUUCCUGGAGAUGUUGCAGUUCAACAUCAACGUGCCGUCUGGUGUUUACGCCAAAUAUUAUUUUGACCUUCGGGCGCUCGCAGGGGACAAUGACCUCAGUUUCCCCCUGGAACCCCUCGAUAAGGAGCGAGCAAUGAAGCUGGAGGCAAUGUCGUCCACUUGGGAAGACAACUUCAAGAUGCUGUGUAAGCCCAAGCUAGCGCGGUCUAACAGUCUGGACGGGGUCACGCACAGUCAUCGCUCCAGUAUUGCCAUAUUGUCAUGACGACCGAUGUCACAUGUAGUCUCUGGAAAGUUGUCUCCCCUUCUCCCUCCCAGAGUUGUUGUCUGCCCCCAGGUGCCCUUUGUGGAAUAUCAUCGUCCUGUUUUUCAGUGGAAUACCACACUCUGGUUUUUCUGUGGAAUAUCGUUGCAGGUUUUUUCCGUGGAAUAUCGUCGUCCAGUUUUUCUGGGAAUAUCGUCGUCCAGUUUUUCCGUGGAAUAUCGUCAUCCAGUUUUUCCGUGGAAUAUUGUUGUCCGGUUUUGUCUUGUCUUUGAUCCACCAUCUGCAUUUUGUUUGUUUAAAAUAUUUGGGAAUGUAAAACAAUAUUUGUAUUUUUUUGGAACUUUGAUUUUGGAGUAUGAUAAAAUCAUUAAUUAAUUAAAUUAUAUAUAACUGUGCCGAUCUAUUUGUGAAAUUAAGGAUAACAAUAUUACAAGGGAUUUAUAAAUAUGAUAUGGGGUACUAUAAAUAACUGCGGCUUAAAUGAGGGGCAACCACAAAGUGAGUAGUCUUUAGCAGGACUUUACAUCCAAAUGGAGGGACACGUUUGGUUGUCCGAAGGGUUAACAAACAAUAGUAACAAGUAGUAGUUGGAUGUAGUCGAGAUGUAAAUAUUCCUUAUUUAUAAAGCCAACAUGUAUUGCAUGGUCGAGUAGAAGUCAUGUUAUAUUUAGUGUGACUUAGUCACUACGCUUAUAAGUGAGCCUUGUUCUGGGAAUACUGGGCUUAAUAAAGUGUCUGCCAAGAAUAGCAGUCUGCACAGGCUAAGAAAGUGUCUGCCAAGAAUAGCAGUUUGCACAGGCUAAUGAAGUGUCUGCCAAGAAAAGCAGUCUUCACAGGCUAAUAAAG